CACGAAUGCGCAAUCCAUGAGCUUGAUACGGAGGGUUCAACGCCAUGCAGUCAUUUUGAACCAAAAAUAGUAUUCACACGUGUCUAUUUAUUUUGCCUUCAUCACUCCGUACCUUGGUCCACCCGAAUCUUCGACCGAGUGUUAAAUUCAAGCUUCAUUUACCUUAAUUCAACCACAAUUGCCCAACUCUCACCAUCUUCCCGAAAAUCCUCUGAAGGAAAAAAAAAAAAAAAAAAAAAAUGUUCAAGUGAGCCAUCUCAUCAUAGCAAAGAACUUAGCUUCCUCCCUUCAUAAAAAUAAAUCUCUUACUUAAACCCCCCUUCUUGAUAACUUUUUACAGAGCUUAUACCAAUCUGGCCCCCAGGACCCGUCUUGGCGUCGGUGUUGCCAUCAUCGCUUGGGGUUGCGCUGGGCUCUACCUAUCCGACAAGGCCGAGGAGAAGUUUGGAUAUACGCCAACGGAAGAGGACAAGUCUGCGCUACGUGACAUGGCGCCGAAAAUCACGACUGUGGAGAAGAACCAAGAGGCGUUGAAGGACAGAAGAUAGGCCCUGUGAUUUCCACUCUCCUCAUACACACCGUCUCAUAUUUUCUCGGCCAUUCUCACUCGCUGUUGUCAUUGUGAGCAGCAGCACCCCUUUAGCAAUUUCCAUGCUUUGUAUAUUUGCUCUCGGGGAACUCUUACAGCCAACUUGCUGUCGGACCCGACACAACCUUGUUUCAUAGUAGCAACACCAAAAUCAUACAUCACAAUAGACGACGCUCAUAGAAGCGCAUGUAAAUAUUCAAGGUCAAUGAAUCACAUAUG